UGCAUCCUUCCACCCAUCCAUUGCUGAUAAAUACCUGUCGUUUCGUAAUUGCAGGGUGCGGGCAUUCCUUGGAAGUGCAGGCGAAAGGUCGAAACGUGUCUGGCAGCCGUGACGUUCUGCACAACAUCUCAAAAGUAACGCGCGUUUGGGGGGGGGGGCGCGAUCCAGUGCCGUGAUUUCCGGGCUGCCGCCACUAAAGUGCGUGCAUUUGCCUACAACGUGAGACACGGUGAGAGCGAGACUGCGCCCGGAUCGCACGAUUGUCGCAACACGGGUCCGGGCUCCGGAAAAGCAGCGGUUCCCACUGCGCCCAGCCACGGCUACUCCUGUGCUGCAGACGCCGGGGACACCUAGGCAGUACGGAUCGUGUUGUCCAUGCCGGGCUGUCCAUUGAAAAGGAUAUUUUACCCCAGCUUCCCAGAUGAGAAAAUAGCAUUUUAAUCCCCGUUUCAAAUGCGUAAAGAUGCAAGUACGGCUUCGGACGCCUGAAUGAUCAGAGGGUGCGCGGAUUGCAGAUGAGUGGGAGGGGCGCCGCCGGAGCUAUCAGCUGACUGCAUCGCCGCAUGCCCCCCCCGUGGAUGACAUCACUGAUUAUUCAGAUCGAUACUCCCUUGAAGACGUCCUCCGAGGCUCGGGAGUUUGGAACCCGUCCGCAUCGAGCUUUGUGGAUUUUUUUCCUCUAAGGCUCGAUUUCCAUCCGGAAAACAAAAAAGCCGUGUGCUCUUCUGCCCCCUGGCCUGCAUUCGUAGCCUCUGGGCUGUUAUCCAGCAGGGGAAGAAGGUGACCUGGAUUGCAGGCUAAACUAGAAGGGUGCCCCCCCCCCUCUGAACGUCGGGACUGGUCCCCUCCCACAGCCUCCUGGAUCUCCCUUUCCGGGAUUAUCCCUCAAAGUCCUGUGGUCCCAGGAAGUGGGCAGCCAUGUCCAGCAAGGCCCCCAUCUACCUGAAGCGAGGUAGUCGUAAGGGGAAGAAGGAGAAGCUUCGCGACAUCCUGUCGUCAGACAUGAUCAGCCCCCCGCUGGGGGAUUUCCGGCACACCAUCCACAUUGGCAGCAGCGGCGGCGAGGACGACGUGUUUGGCGACCUCUCCUUCCUGCAAGGGAAGUUCCACCUGCUGCCCGGAAGGCGGGCCCCCGAUACUCAGGGACGUUCCGCCUCACCCGGCCGCCCAGCCAGCAUCUGUGGCCAUCCACUGUCCUGCAGGAGCUCGCCCCUGCUGAAGAACGCCCUCUCUCUGCCCAUCAUGGAGGCUGCCCGGGCUCUUACGCUGCCAACCCCCAACGCUGACCACAUCCCAUCCCAGGCUGACCACGCCCACACCCAGCCUCAGGCCCCGCCCCCUAAACCCCCCCGGCUGCAUCUGGACGACAGGAGGCUGUCGUCUCCGCCGAUGGUCACCCACCGCUUCACCGAACCAUCUCCAGACAGCCCUCCUGGGCUCCCCGGUGAGGACCGCUGCUUGCUCCAGGAGUCUUGCCUGGAGGACAUGAUGGAAGAGCAGCCGUACCUCACGCACGCCGGAUCCCUGCUCUCUCUACACCUGGACCUGGGACCCUCCAUCUUGGACGAUGUGCUGCAGAUCAUGGACAAGCACGACAUGGACCGCCUCAACGGAUCCUGUCUACACGGGGGGCUCCAUGAGAUUUUUACCUGAGCCCAAACCCCUCCCCCCAUCCUUUUUUUUUUACUAAUCUCCAACACAUAGCCACCAUUUCUAGAAUUUUCCUGCCACUGUCCGUCAAGAAGAUCAGCUUCCUCGCUUACGCCGUAAGAACAGAACUGUUACGGAUUGCAUUUCGGUCUCUCUUUUUUUUUUUUAUCGCCAUUACUUUGCUAAAUAAUCCGAAGUCUUUUCUAAACAAGGUGCAUCUUACCUAUAUGCUGUGAAAAUAAGUCGUAUGCAGUCAGCUGGAAUUUUUAGAUCCCUGCUAUCGUUUGGUUAUCAGUAAACACUCAUGUUAGGACUAUAAUUCAAUGGGGGCCUUUGGGUGCACUCCACCCAAUGCACCUUGGCACAGGCUCACAGUGACUCUAUACUGGAUGGAUAUAAUAGUGUUAUAAUAAAAAUUAGCUGUGAGUUUUUAAACUGAUGAACUGGCUGUUGGGGCCUGCGAAUCCUCUCUGAAUUGGAAAGUAGCUGUUUGGUUUGGAAGAUAUCCCUGGCUCUCGUCUGUUUAAUUAAUAUGCUGCCACUCUAAUAAAACAAAAUGGGAUGACUAGGGUCCUGCUAGGCUAUGCUAUGACGAUCAGUUUUCGAGUGCUGUGUUUUUCUUCAGAUUCUCCUCCAAAAACAGCAUUAAAGUGACGUUAUCAACGCCGUCCAAUGGGCAUCAGAUAGAUGAAAUCACAGAAGAAAAGUUUGUGGGACGGUCAAGGAAAACCAGAUCCCCGCAAUGCAUUGUGGGAUCGAUGUCUUUUUUAACUUCGUGCUGGUGAUUACGGAAAGGAAACUUUUAGGUAAAUAUUCACUAGGCUGGAGAAAACUGGUGUCUUCAACUAGUCACCCGUUUCCAUGGCGUAAAAACACAUCAAUAUCACUGAUCUAAAAUGUGUCUCGUCUAUCAUUAUCGAUAAUUUACUUCUGCAAAAGAGGAGGAACGUAAAAUGGCAGUUUCUGUGGAAAUUCAUGUUGGGAAAUAUCUGCAACUUCAUCGUGUAUUAAUAGGGAUUGCAUGACCUGCGAAGUGUGUAUAGCCGUAUGCCAUAUGACCAGACAGAUGUACAGAUUAAGAUAACUGAUGAGAAUGAUUUUGGGUAAAACGCUGUAAUUCUUUAAUAAAAAGUGUUCGCUGGAAAAA